AUGUCUUUUGGUGACGAAGAAGACAGAAAAGUUUCUUUUUCUGGUGGAGAAUCGAAUAUCCACCCGAAGAAGAAACUUAACCAUAUCGCCAUGGAGGGAUCCAGCCACAUUGCCCGCAUGGUGCAGGAUGAAUUCGCUUAUGGCACCACUGUGACGAAGUUUAUAAGGAAAGAUGGUGUCAAGGCGAAGGACCUGCAACGUGGCUUAACCAGCUAUUCAGGUGCAUUUGAAACGAGAAGCCGUCUGUCCGACGUUGUAGUUGAUACAGAUAUGAAAACCAACAGCGUUGAUGGUGGAUGGGGAUGGGCGGUCACAUUCUCAUCGUUCAUGACCAACGUUUUGAUCGAUGGAGUGUGUGUUACAUUCGGAAUCUUUUUCCCGGAAUUCCUCAGAUAUUUUGGAGAAAGUAAAGCGAAGACACAGAUGCUAAACUCUAUAAUGGUCGGAACAUCAUUACUUAUUGGUCCGUUCGUUAGCGCAUUGGUGAACAGGUAUGGCUGUCGCUCGGUAUCUAGGUGUGGAACAGUAAUCGCCAGCAUCGGUAUAUUCCUUUCUUCAUUUUCACCAAACCUGGACGUGAUGAUAAUCUUUUACGGCAUUCUUGGAGGUGUUGGCUUUGGCUUCCUCUAUGUUCCACCAAUAGUGAUAAUUGGUGAAUAUUUCGACAAACGAAGAGCAUUAGCAACUGGGAUUGCCGUUUGUGGAGCUGGACUCGGAGGAUUCGUAUUUGCACCUGUGAACGAAUUUCUUUUGGAAAAAUAUGCUUGGAGAGGGACCAUGUGGAUUAUGUCUGCGAUAACUCUAAACAGUGCUGUGUUUUCUGCAACAUUCAAACCGAUGAAAGUUGGAUUUGAUCCGAAUACUAAAAAAAUCCAAAACGUUCUAACUGAUAACGACCAGCAAAGUAGUUUAAACAAAAGUAAUUCUUAUCUGUGUUGCGGUGACCACAACUGUUUACCAACCAAAGAGAUGUUUGACUUUUCACUUCUUAAAAGUCCAACCAUGUUGAUGUAUGGAUCGUCAUGUAUACUUGUCAUGUUCGGUUUUUUCAUACCAUAUAAUUUCUUGCCGGCAUGGGCUACAGAUGUCAAUCUGUCCAGUGAAGAGGGAGUACUGCUAAUUGUAUUAAUGAGUGCAUCUAGCACUGUUUCGCGAGUUGUGAUUGGCUACGUGACGGACAAAUAUUGGGCCAAUACUUUGAUUAUAAAUAGCGCCGCCUUGCUGAUUGGUGGGUUAUCAACAUUCUUUGUGCCAUUCUACACCAGCUUUGCUAUCUUAGCCAUCUACGCGAUAGUGUUUGGAAUCGUAACUGCGACCUUUAUAUGCUUGCGGAGUGUACUGAUGGCAGAACUGUUGGGAGUACAUCGACUUACUAGUUCCUUCGGACUAGUUGGAUUGAGUAUGGGAUUGUCCACAUUUCUUGGAGCGCCCAUAGCAGGAGCACUGUCUGAUUUAAGUGGCAAUUACAACAUAACUUUUUACUUUGGUGGCGUCACUCUGGGACUGGGAGGCUUAAUUUGUCUUCCACUCAGACGGAUUUCGGACUUGGAAAAAAUCUUCACCCUCUGCUGGGGAGAGAUGGCUUGUUGGGAUUACCUUGUAUCUGGUCCCCAGGGAGUCCCCGACUCAGCCAUGACAGCAUCGUCUUAUCAUCCCUAUACUGAAUGGCAUCACAAGCCAGUCUGUGGUCGCCUGCACAUGUACCACGAGUGGUCGUCGAGCGGAUGUCCAGCCCCAAAUAUAGGGGCCUGGUGUAGUGAAAAAAACGAUCCAAACCCACAUAUCCAGGUUAAAUUUUCUGGUCUCAAAAAGGUGGUUGGAAUAGUGAUUCAACAACGACAAUAUCCAUCUGUUGUGGGAAACGAUAUCCGCACCUAUCACGUUUUGUACAGUACCGAUGGUGAGAACUGGGAGUACGUGAAGUCAGAUGGUGUUACACAGACGUUUGACGGUCCAACAGACGCUGAAGAUAUAUUACAGUUCGGAACAAUCACUCCAUCAGUAAUAGCUCGGUACAUCCGUAUAAGACCCAUCACAUGGUCAGUCCAAUCAGCUGUACCAUGUCUCAGAUUUGAUGUUAUCGGAUGUAAUCAAGGUCAUAUAGACAUGACAACUGACGAGCUAACCGGGCUGAUGUACAAGGUGAUCACUCGAAAUUACAAUAAGGAAGAUGCCAUGGCAGCUUGUAAUGACCUCGGAAUGAUGCUACUAGUGGUCAACUCCGAAAGCAAACUCGACCUUGUACGGCGUGUUAAGUCGUCAAGUCUGAUCCUAGGACAGGAACCAAUCAUAGUGAAUGGAGGAAAAUUUUCUUAUCUCGGAAUGACAAAAUGGUGGGACGGCGAAGACCAACCGCAACCUCUGAAAGAAGAGCUCUUUGAGUUGGACAAUACGCAAAUUGGUCUUUGUGUAGUCUACGAGGGUGGAAACAAACUUCGAAGGUACAAUUGUAACUCAGAACUCUUCUCGAUCUGUGAAAAACGACUUAGAUAG